AUCCGGUUUCCGGAGUCUCUUUUUGUGACCGGGUCUCAGCGGUGCAGAGGUGGCGGUGGCUAUGAGGCAGAAGCACUACCUUGAGGCUGCGGCGCGGAAACUACAGGAUAGCUGCCCGGGCCAGGCCCGCUAUCUCCUCUGGGCCUACAGUUCGUCACACGAUGAUAAAAGCACUUUUGAAGGAACAUGUCCAUACUGUUUCCAGUUGCUGGUUCAGGAUAAGUCUCGAGUACGUCUCAAACCCAAACCCAAAUUGACACCCAAAAUACAGAAACUUCUUAAUCGAGAAGCAAGAAAUUAUACACUCAGUUUUAAAGAAGCAAAAAUUUUGAAAAAGUACAAAGACUCCACAAGUGUAUUGUUGAUUACUUGUAAAACAUGCAACAGAACAGUUAAACAUCAUGGUAAAAGUAGAAGCUUUCUAUCAACAUUGAAGAGCAAUCCUACCACUCCUGCGAGUAAACUCAGCCUAAAGACCCCAGAGAGAAAGACUCUAAGUUCUGCAAAACUAAAUCAUGAUAUGUCUGGUUCCAAAGCCAAGAGCCCAGCAUUGAUUUUCAGAACAGCUAAAUCUGGACAGUCAACACCCAUUUGCUCCUCAAAGAAUGUGAGCAAAACAAAGAAACACUUCUCUCAACUAAAAAUGUUGCUUAGUCAGAGUGAAUCUGAAAAGAAUCCAAAGGUGGACUUCAGAAAUUUCUUGUCUUCUUUGUAAAGGAUGGACUAUGAAAAUAAGAAAUGUUUAAUGUAAUUUCUGAAACUAAAGUUAGUCAGAAAACCUACUUUUUAAAGAACUUAUUUAUUCUUAAAAUACAUGGAAACUAGGGUUCAAGAGCAAACUUUUCUUGGCAUUCUUCAGUGUUUAUGGAGAAAAUACCUCAUUAGAAUGAAAAACUGAAACCUGCCUACCUCACCAGGUGAUUGUGAGGAUCAAAAAUAUAUGAAAGGUCCUUGUAAGUAGUAAAGAUAUAUAUGGAAUUGAGUGGUUAUAUUAUUAUUUUCUCCUCUUUUAAGUUUUCAUUAUGUCAUUUUCUUUCAUAAGGAAAUUGAGAUCUUUAUGAGAGGUGUGCUUACUCCUUUCUAGGUGUCUGUAACCUUAUUGAUAAUUCAGAAAAACAAUAAAGUAUAUUUCAC